AUGAUCAAAAUUUUAUUUCUAUCAAAGUCUCUAAAGCAAUUUUUGAGCGAUUUGAAUUGGAAAUUUCUUCAAUUCAAAUUGAGUCGAAAAUGUGACGUUUCAUUACACAGCAACGACUGGUUUAUCGUUUGCCUGGUGACGGUGAACAUAUCGGUGAGGGAUUUUCGUGUUCACGCUUCACUGCAUGUUGAUGUGACAACCGAAGCACCGACAACAGGAACGACAACAGUCCAGGAAGUUUUUUUCGACAACAAUGAC